GCUGCUAUAUGGCUUCGUGCAUUCUGCUGUUUUGACAACGUGCACCGCAGAGGUUUCACUAAAGACCCAUGAUCAAAGCACCUCAAGCAAUUUCUGCAGUGUUCAAGCUCUCAAGCUCUCAAGCAAAGAUCUGCAGUGCUGCUGUAUUUAUAAUUCUCUACAUACAUACUUAUUAUCAAGUGAGCUAGCUAUGUCUUUAUACAAGAGACGACGCUCUAAAGAGAGGCCAGUUUCAGUGUAUACUGGCAGGAGUAGUCCUGUCCUGGUCAGCUACAAGAACCAGUACUCCACCUCUCAGCCUACUAGCCCCUUCUCUGAUGAGUCUCUGAGCAUGUUGCUGACGAACGCAUACAGUAUGGCUGACAAUACCUGUAUCAGUGAGGAGUCUGGCUGUGCACUGGACACCACUCUCACCAGCAGCUGCAACACACAGUCAGAGAACCUCGACGUAGAGAUUGCAGAACUCCAGCAUUCUCCUACACGCGAUGGAAAGAAGGUUUGGACCUUUGACAGUCCAGAUGUCUCACCCGUUUCCAUUCCAAGAUCUGAAGGCCUAUCAGGGUCCCCCUCUCCGGACGUCACUCCGAUAGCCCUGAGGGAGCGUAAUGGACAGCUGACUGACAGCAUCCCCCCGUCCCCUGCCUGCAGCACAGUCAGCUCCACCCUCCACCAGCUGGCCUCACGACUGAGGGGCACGCAAUCCACCGCAGCUAUUGAAUACCCAGGAAAUGAGCGUCGCUACAUGAUCAUCAGUGAGAUCAUAGACACUGAGCGACGUUACAUAGCCAGUCUGGAGAUUCUCCUCAGCACUUACCUCCCCGCCCUGGAGAACGUCGUGGCCGCUAGAGACCUGCGUCUGUUGUUCCCUGCUCAACUGGAGCCGCUGGUUGAGAGACACAGCAAUCUCCUCGUAAAGCUGGAGGAGAGGAUGAGCGACAACACGCUCUUCCCUGGCAUCGUGGGCGAUAUAUUUGCCCGGCUACUCAAAGAGAGCAAUACUGACAUCCUGAACAUGUACAGUGCGUACAUGAAUGAGUUCAAGGUUGCCAUGGCUACACUGGCCCGCUACGAGCAGGACUCGGUGGAGUUCCAUAACUUGUUAUUGCUGUGUCAGCACAGUCCAUCCUGCGAGGGCCUCAGUCUCGCCUCGUAUCUCCUCACACCCAUCCAGAGGUUACCAAGAUACGAACUACUCUUAAAGGAGCUCUUGCGACAGACUCCAAUGGACCAUCCAGACAACUUCUACGUGAGUGAUGCUAUCGACCUCAUCCACCAUGAGCUACUCCGCUUGAACCAGUCCAUCAAGUCCUGUCAGCAGGCUUGCUCUGUGAGGCGUGUGAGUGUGCGCAGCAAAGCCUCGUUCAGAGCAAGGACAGAGAAAGCCAUUGCUAAACUCAAGAGGCAUGUUUCUAUUGGCAACAUAGACGGCUACUCCUCUGGAGAUUCGAGCAAUGGUCAAGAAGUGCGUCGAUCAAGAACUGUACGAAGACGUCGCAACCUCAAACCCUCCCCAUACCGCUCUGAAGAGAACCUAGUAUUCUCCCUGGAAGAUGAUCCAAGGACUCCGCUGAGAGUGAAGAGCAUGUACAAUAUCAAUAAUAUGAGAGCCGGGAGUCUUGUUGACCUCAUGUCCAGCUAUAAUGGAGAGGAUGCUAUGAAGAGAAAGCCGAGCACGCUGACUCCAUUGGCCAGUCUCCCAACGACCCCUGAACCCUCCCCUCGUCCCACCAGCCCCAGCGUGACCUCCAUGAACCCUGUGACCAGCGAGGAUGGGUCUAGAGCACGAUCACGCGUCUCCGUCUAUUCUACGACUUCGAGCACAUCUGGUAUCGGAUCGAUUGAAAACUUCAGUCAAUUGGAUCUUCGGAUAGGAGCUUCAACACCCACACAGUUCAACUCUGACCCCACUCGUGCUUCAACGCCAGUGAGGAACAGAGUCUCGUUUCAACUGGACAGCCCCCCACUGAAGGCCAACGAGGUUCAUAUCGGAGGGGCUAGUGUAGUCGCAAGAAAGCACAAGAAAGAUCCGUCUAAACAGAAGAAGAGAGCCUCCUGGGGGGCCAAGGCAUUCAAGCUACUCAGUCGGAAAAAGAGUUUCUCUGCUAGUCGAGUGUUAGACAUUGGCGCUCCCAAGGACUUCAGACAUGUGCAGCACGGGUUCCCCACGACCGUCCCUGAGGGGACUGAGGCUCACAACCUGUCCCGGAGCAACACCGGCUCGAGUAACACUCUCACUGCAGCCAAUUUAUAGCAUGUCUCUGCAUGGACACCUUUGGCACUGAAUUUCAUAUCUCACUGUUUGUAUAAUUAUUAUCUGAUUUUUUGUAUUCACUCACACGUUUAUGGUCCAUAAAAUUUGAUAUG